UGCAAAAAGGAGGACCUGUCCAGACGAAAUGGGGGUGGAAAAAAAGCUCGACGCCAAGGCAUGAUAAAGUCCAGUCUUGGGGUAGAACACCGGCAAAACUAUGAACUUGAUUAUUCAUGUGUGUGUCGUUUUCCCUUCUCUCUCUCCUUCUCGUGGUCGUGCCGCUAUACUCUCAAUCGAUUGGCGAUAAGGGAUCUUGGCGACCUUGAGGAAGUUGGAUCGGCGCAACCGAGCCGAUCCUGCUUGUGUGCCGUUCAGCUCGACUCUGCCCUCAAAGCCUGGGGCUCUGAAAUGGCCUGGCCAGACUCCAGGCUGCAAUCUCCCCCGGUCGUCGCCACCACAACCCGGCGUCAAGCCGUCCCACUCGUUACCGCCCCAGUCUACAGACGGCACCUCCUGCUCCUCCUCUGUCUUCAACCUUGCUUCCUAUCGCCUCCACGUCACCAUCUCGCUCUAGCCCUCCUACAGACCUGCCUACAUCCCGUUGGUUGUCAUGGCGACCGGUGUUGCUUCCCUGUGGUCGGACGCACCGGGCCCCGAUGUCAUCCCGUGCCCGGGUGUCGCAAGGCCUUUGCGCCCGACUGCUGCCGAAACACGCGACCAGUCAUUACGCGCUACGGAGUGAUGCACGGCUACGCUCUGCUUUUGGACGAUGAGUACACCUACCGAGACAAUGGACGUCGUUACCUGCAGGUGGGUGGGGCAACUUGCCGCUUGAGCGCGCACCCCCAGGCCUUUACAGUCUCGUGGUGA